AUGAUGGCUUCAUUGGCUUGUGUUGAGGACAAGAUGAAAACAAGUGGUUUUAUGAGUAGUGGAACAACGGCAACAACAACAACAACGUCUCAAUCUAGUCUGCUUGAAGAGAUGAAGCUGUUGAAAGAUCAGUCAGGAACGAGGAAGCCAGUAAUAAACUCGGAGCUAUGGCACGCUUGUGCAGGGCCUUUGGUUUGUCUCCCUCAAGUUGGGAGCUUAGUGUACUACUUCUCACAAGGUCAUAGCGAACAGGUUGCUGUUUCAACCAGAAGAUCAGCAACAACCCAAGUUCCUAAUUACCCAAAUCUUCCAUCUCAGUUGAUGUGUCAAGUCCAUAAUGUUACUCUUCAUGCAGACAAAGACAGUGACGAAAUCUAUGCACAGAUGAGUCUUCAACCUGUACACUCUGAGAGGGAUGUGUUUCCAGUACCAGACUUUGGGCUAAUGAGAGGAAGCAAGCACCCAACUGAGUUUUUCUGCAAAACACUAACUGCGAGUGAUACAAGUACACAUGGAGGCUUCUCCGUGCCACGUAGAGCUGCAGAGAAGCUAUUUCCACCUUUGGACUACACAGCACAGCCGCCAACGCAAGAGCUUGUAGUUAGAGAUCUGCAUGAGAAUACUUGGACAUUCCGCCAUAUCUAUCGAGGACAACCAAAGAGACAUCUCCUAACAACAGGAUGGAGUUUGUUUGUUGGCUCGAAAAGAUUGAGAGCUGGGGAUUCUGUUCUGUUCAUAAGGGAUGAGAAGUCGCAGCUGAUGGUCGGUGUGAGGAGAGCCAAUCGCCAACAAACAGCACUUCCUUCAUCAGUUCUCUCAGCGGAUAGUAUGCACAUCGGUGUUCUUGCUGCUGCAGCUCACGCAACCGCAAACCGCACUCCUUUCUUGAUCUUCUACAAUCCAAGAGCGUGUCCAGCAGAGUUUGUGAUCCCUCUAGCUAAGUACCGCAAGGCUAUAUGCGGCUCACAGCUCUCAGUUGGUAUGAGGUUUGGAAUGAUGUUUGAAACCGAGGAUUCAGGGAAACGUAGAUACAUGGGAACCAUUGUUGGAAUCAGUGAUCUUGAUCCAUUGAGAUGGCCUGGUUCUAAGUGGCGUAACCUUCAAGUUGAGUGGGAUGAGCCUGGCUGUAACGAUAAGCCGACUCGGGUCAGUCCAUGGGACAUAGAGACACCUGAAAGUCUCUUCAUUUUCCCUUCUCUGACCUCAGGACUCAAACGCCAGAUCCAUCCAUCUUAUUUUGCUGGUGAAACAGAAUGGGGAAGUUUGAUCAAGCGGCCUCUUAUUCGUAUUCCUGACUCUGCCAACGGGAUUAUGCCUUACGCAUCAUUCCCAAAUAUGGCUUCUGAGCAGCUUAUGAAAAUGAUGAUGAGACCUCACAACAACUCAAAUGCAACAUCUUUCAUGUCUGAGAUGCAGCAGAAUGGUUUGAUGGGGCAUGGAGGUUUACUUGGAGAUAUGAGGAUGCAACAACCAAUGGUAAUGAACCAGAAGUCUGAGAUGGUGCAGCAAGAGAGCAAGCAAACAACAAUGAACCCUUCUGCUUCUAAUACGAGUGGCCAAGAACAGAAUCUGUCACAGAGUAUGAGUGCUCCUUCAAAACCUGAAAAACCAACACUUUCUGGUUGCAGCUCACAGAGUAUGAGACUCAAUCAUGGACAUGACCAGUCAAUGGAACAGACAAGCCAAGUGUCUAACGAGGAGAAGACUAAUCAGCUGAUGCAGAAACCGACUGCUUUGUCUCCUUUACAAGCUGAUCAGUGUCCUGACAUGAGUCAGCAGAUAUACACACCACAGUCUGAUCCAGUCAAUGGAUUCUCUUUCCUGGAAACUGAUGAGCUGACAUCACAAGUUUCUUCCUUCCAGUCUCUUGCCGGAUCAUACAAGCAACCAUUAAUGCUGUCCUCCCAGGAUUCUCCAGCUCUUGCGUUACCAGACUCGACAAACUCGUCGCUGUUUCACGACGUGUGGGACAACCAGCUGAACGGUCUCAAGUUCGACCAGUUCAGUCCCUUGAUGCAGCAAGAUCUUUACGCUUGUCAGACUAUGUGUAUGAGCAACAGCACAAACAGCAACAUCCUAGAUCCUCCACUCUCGAACACAGUUCUUGAUGACUUCUGCGCCAUGAAAGAAACCGAUUUCCAGAGCCUCCCUGCUGAUUGUUUGGCUGGGAACAAGAACAACAACACUAGCUUCGCUCAAGAUGUCCAGUCGCAGAUCACAUCUGCUAGCUUUGCAGACUCACAGGCCUUCUCUCGCCAAGAUUUUCCAGAUAACUCUGGAGGCACUGGUACUUCUUCAAGCAAUGUUGAUUUUGAUGACAGCAGUCUGCUGCAGAACAGUAAAGGCUCGUGGCAGAAAGUUGCAGCACCACGUGUCCGAACCUACACUAAGGUUCAAAAAACCGGGUCAGUUGGGAGGUCGAUUGAUGUCACAAGCUUCAAAGACUACGAGGAGCUAAAGUCUGCCAUCGAGUGCAUGUUUGGACUUGAAGGAUUGCUCACUCAUCCGCAAAGCUCUGGAUGGAAGCUUGUAUAUGUUGAUUAUGAGAGUGAUGUUCUGCUUGUAGGAGAUGAUCCAUGGGAAGAGUUUGUGGGAUGCGUAAGGUGCAUAAGGAUACUGUCGCCAACAGAGGUCCAACAGAUGAGUGAAGAAGGAAUGAAGCUUUUGAACAGCGCAGGCAUUAACGAUCUCAAGACUUCUGUUUCAUAA